AUGGAUACAUACAACGACAUAUUAAGUAUUGUUAUCGAUUUAGGAUUUGAAAAUAUAAAAGUUGGUUAUGCGGGAGAUGAGAAUCCUAUGAAUGUGUUUAGUUCGAAUGUUGGCAUGGCUUUAGAUUUAGAUAAAAAAAUAAAAGAAGAAGUGUAUAAAAAAUGUUUAUGUACUAAAGAAGAAUUUUAUCAACAUAAUUUAAUUUAUCCUUUAUUUUAUCUAGAAGCUUUAGAAAAUACAUAUAUAAAACCUUGUUUAUAUCUUGAUAAUAAAAAUAAUUUUAAUAUUAAUGAAGAUGUAUUUGAAAAAAUUUUUUGCAUGAAUGUUAGAGGAGAUAGAUAUGUUACCAAUUUAUUUGAAAGAAGGGUAAAAAAUUUUGUAGGUAAUAAGUUAUACAAGCAAACAAGUCUAGGAAGUGAAUUUGUUGACAAUGAAAAUGUCGGUGAGAUUGAAAAUGAUCAUAAUGAUAAUAAUACAAAUAAUAGUGAUAAUAUAAAUAAUAGUGAUAAUAUAAAUAAUAGUAAUAAUAUAAAUAAUAGUGAUAAUAUAAAUAAUAGUGAUAAUAUAAAUAAUAGUAAUAACACACAUAAUAGUAAUAACACACAUAAUAGUGAUAAUAUAAAUAAUAAUGGCACACAUGAUAAUCAUUUAAGUCCUCUUGAAUUGUGGGGAAUUGAAAAUAACCAUUUUGAUAUUGACUUAAUUGAAAAUAAAAUGGUUGAUAUUAAUAAUAUAAAAAAGAUGCUAAAUAAAUAUAAUAAUAUAGGUUGUGGAUUUAAUGAAAAUAUCGAACUUUUUUCUUAUCUAUUCUCUAUACCUAAUAUGAGAAAUAAAGAAAUAAAAGUAAAAAUAGCUGAAUUAUUGUUUGAAAAAUAUAAUAUACCCGCUAUUUAUUUUAAUCCAAAAGCUAUAUUAACUGGCUUUUCUUAUAAUAAAAAAGUUUGCUCAGUUGUUGAUGUUGGAUCUUGUUAUACUGAUUUUUCAUUAUGUAAUGAAGGAAGCAUUGAUAAUAAAAAUUAUAAAAUUUAUAAUAUAGGAGGAAAUACUGUAGAUUAUUAUUUAGAAGAAUUAUUAGAAAAAUAUAAUACACAAUAUUGUUGUCCAUAUUAUGAACACUAUAAAAAUAAUAAUAACAAAAAAUAUAAAAAAGAAAAUAUUCAUUCAGAUUAUUAUAAUAUAGCAAAAUAUCUACCAUUAAAAGAUUUAAAAAAUUAUUUAUGUGAAGUUGCAGAUAAUGAAAAAAAAAUUUAUGAUGCAAAAAAUAUCAAUUUUAAUGAUAAUAUAGAUAUUUAUAUUUUGCCAGAUGGACAAAAUAUUAAUAUUACUAAAUUUAAUAAUAUAGCUCCUGAAAUAUUUUUCACACCAUCCUUGUUACAAAAUUCAAAUAAAUUAAAUCAUCAUUUAAACAAUGUAUUUACAAAAGAAGACAGUUUUCAAGGCACUCCACAAACAUUGUUUCAUUUAUUAAAAAAUCUAAAUUCAAUCAAAUAUAGAGAUGAUUUAAUAAACAAUGUUAUUAUAACUGGAUCAUCUACUUUAUUAAAUAAUUUUAAUCAACGAUUUGAAAAAGAAUUUAAUGAACUUAAUAUAAAUCAUCAAAAUAAUACUAACCUUCCAAAUAUUAAUAUUUUAAAAUCGGGGAAAACUGAUAAACAAUAUUCUUCUUGGAAGGGUGGAAGUAUUCUUGCCUCCUUCAAAAAUUUUAAUUCUUUUUUUGUAACUCGAAAGGAAUAUCAGGAAUAUGGUUUUGAAAUUAUUAAUAGAAAGUGUUGA